GCUCUAUCCUUUAUUCUCACCAACCCCCAAUCUCUUCUCUCUCAAACACAUCACUUUUGACACUCAACUACAACUAGUAGUAUUAUUUAUAUUUACUAAUUAAUAAAUACUCCUAUUACGCGUUCCAAUCUCAUUCUCACCUUCUUUACUAGCAUAAAAUUCCCACCUCAACUCACAACCUUCCCACGUGUCAUAAUCUAAGCCCUUUAAAAUAAGCUACCAUAUCCAACGGCCACUCUCUUCUUCCAACUAACACAUUUGCCUACCCACCCAACUCUCAAUGUCCUGAUAAAAACUCUUCUAUAUAAACAACCAUUUAUUGGUGAACCAACUCAGGAAACAUUUUCACUUUCUCAUCAAAAAGCUGAAAAUUUUCCUUUCCACCAUACCAAAUUUAUCUACAUCUACUAUUUUUUUUUUGCCUUCCCAUUAAGCCCAUUUCCAUAUAUACACAUACAAUAUUUAUUCUCAUACAAUAUUAUUAUGGAACUUAACAAUGGAUCAUCAUCAUCAUCAUUAUCGAUGGAGUUUUGUACCAGUACUACAGUAGGUUAUGAUCCUUUGAAUUGGGUUGCUUCGGCUGAGUCAAUGAAGGGUAGUCAUUUAGAUGAGGUGAAACGUAUGGUGAAGGAGUACCGUAAACCGGUGGUCCGACUCGGUGGAGAGACUUUGACCAUUUCCCAGGUUGCGUCUAUAGCGAACCGCGACUCGAACCGGGUUCAUGUGGAACUGGCUGAGUCAGCUCGUGCUGGGGUUAAGGCCAGCAGCGAUUGGGUCAUGGAUAGCAUGGACAAAGGUACGGACAGCUAUGGUGUCACUACCGGAUUCGGUGCGACCUCCCACAGGAGAACCAAAAAUGGCGGAGCCCUUCAGAGGGAGCUAAUUAGGUUCUUGAACGCUGGAAUAUUUGGUGUUGGGACAGAAUCAUGCCACACACUGCCGCACUCCGCAACGAGGGCAGCAAUGUUGGUGAGGAUCAAUACCCUGUUGCAAGGCUAUUCGGGUAUUAGAUUUGAGAUUUUGGAAGCUAUAACUAAGCUUCUUAACCACAACAUUACCCCUUGUCUACCACUCCGCGGCACCAUUACUGCCUCGGGAGAUUUGGUCCCACUCUCCUACAUUGCUGGGCUUCUAAUAGGUAGGCCCAAUUCCAAAGCUGUUGGGCCCGAUGGGGAGAUACUCACCCCAACUGAAGCCUUCCAAAAGGCCCAGAUUGAAAGUGAUUUCUUUGACCUCCAGCCCAAAGAAGGUCUUGCCUUGGUGAAUGGCACCGCCGUUGGUUCUGGUUUGGCCUCUGUUGUUCUCUUUGAGGCUAAUAUAUUGGCUGUACUUUCAGAGAUCAUGUCUGCCAUUUUUGCUGAAGCCAUGCUUGGAAAGCCUGAAUUCACAGACCAUUUGACCCAUAAGUUGAAACAUCACCCUGGUCAGAUUGAAGCGGCAGCAAUAAUGGAGCACAUUUUGGAAGGAAGCUCAAUACUUAAAGCAGCUGCAAAGGUUCAAGAAAUGGAUCCUCUUCAGAAACCCAAACAAGAUCGAUAUGCUCUCAGAACUUCCCCCCAAUGGUUAGGUCCACAAAUUGAGGUGAUUAGAACUGCGACAAAGAUGAUCGAGCGAGAGAUCAACUCUGUGAACGACAAUCCAUUGAUUGAUGUUUCGAGGAACAAGGCUCUCCACGGUGGAAACUUCCAGGGUACGCCGAUUGGUGUCUCCAUGGACAACACUCGUUUGGCUUUAGCUUCGAUUGGGAAACUCAUCUUUGCUCAAUUCUCAGAGCUUGUCAACGAUUUCUACAAUAAUGGCUUACCUUCUAACCUUUCUGGGGGAAGAAACCCUAGCUUAGAUUAUGGAUUCAAGGGUUCUGAGAUUGCCAUGGCUUCUUACUGCUCUGAGCUCCAAUUUUUGGCAAACCCAGUGACCAACCAUGUCCAGAGUGCUGAACAACACAAUCAGGAUGUGAAUUCCUUGGGUCUGAUCUCAUCGAGGAAGACGCAAGAGGCAGUUGAGAUUCUGAAGCUGAUGUCAUCCACAUUCUUGAUAGCACUUUGCCAAGCCAUCGAUCUGAGGCACAUGGAGGAGAAUCUGAGGAACACAGUGAAGAACAUAGUGAGUCAAGUGGCAAAGCGAGUCUUGACAACUGGCUCCAACGGCGAGCUUCAUCCUUCAAGAUUUUGUGAGAAGGAUCUUCUCAAGGUCGUCGAUCGUGAAUACGUCUUUGCCUACAUUGACGACCCUUGCUUAGCCACAUAUCCACUCAUGCAGAAGCUGAGGCAGGUCCUGGUUGAGCAUGCUAUGGAGAACAAUAAUGGUGAGCAAGAGAAGAACGCAAACACCUCCAUCUUUCAAAAGAUCGCAAUGUUUGAAGCAGAAUUGAAGAAUCUUUUGCCUAAGGAGGUGGAAAACACCAGAAUCGAGAUCGAAAAUGGGAAAUCAACAAUUCCGAACCGGGUCAAGAACUGUAGAUCGUUCCCAAUUUAUCAAUUCUUGAGGGAAGGACUGGGUACUGGAUUAUUGACCGGUGAGAAAGUUCGAUCACCUGGAGAAGAAGCCGAUAAAGUUUUCACAGCCAUGUGCCAAGGACAGUUGAUCGAUCCUAUUCUUGCUUGUUUGGACGAGUGGAAUGGUGCUCCUCUUCCAAUAAACCCCAAAAUGAUUUAGUUACUCAGUUAUUGUGGUUUUCUAAUUUUUCAGAGUUUUAAUAUCUAUUUUUUUAAAAAAUUUGUUUCCAAUGUAAUAUGUUUUUUUGCUUUAUAAGAUUUUAUAGUGAAAACACUCAUGAAAAUCUUAUAAAGAAAAUGUGAUAUUGUCCAGUGUAUUUUUUAUUUCUUUUAAUUGAAAACUUGGAAUGUAUUUUUCUUAA